AUGAAAAGAAAUAUGAGGGCAAUGCUCAAUCAUAGAUUGCCUAUUACCGACAUUACAGUACCAGAUGCUUUACUAGAUUGCCGAUUCACCAAGUUACAGGAAAUAGACCAUUACCUAGAAAGUAUCCAUACAACAAGAGUGGAUUUCUUAGCCAAUUCUAUCAAAGAAAUAGUGCCAGCAAGUGAACUACAGACUCAAACCAGCUGCUGCAGUACAUCAAAUGCACGUGACAAAGACACAAGUUCUUUUAUCAACAAACUAGUUGAAAAACAUGCGGCUGCAUUUGAAGAUGAUGGACAAGAGUUUGUUGGAAAAGAAUGCCUGAAAUACUUGGUACCUUGUGAUGCUAGUGAUUUAAAAGACGGCAAUGUUAUUAAAUACUGGCAAGAUAGACGAGCAGCUUUUCCGUUGCUAUACAAAUUAGAGAAGGCUAUUUUAUCAGUGCCUGCUAUAAGCACGCCCAGCGAGUGGGUGUUUUCUGUUGCAGGUUUAACAGUGACGUUUAAGUCCGAAAUGGGUGGACAAAAUUAUAUUUGUGCACGACAAUGA